AUGGCACUCAAUGGCAAGGUUGCUUUGAUCACCGGGGGCGUCAAGAACCUUGGAGCAGAGUCAGCGCGCGAACUUGCAGGUGUUGGUGCGGAUCUGGCCCUCCACUUCAACUCUGCGAGUAGCAAGAAAAAUGCAGCCGAGCUGGAAGCCGAGUUGAAGCAGAAGCAUCCAAACUUGAAGGUUGCAUUCUAUCAGGGCGACCUGACCUCCGCGGCUGCCGUGGACAAACUGUUUGAUUCGGUUCUCAAGGACUUUGGCAAGAUUGACGUCGUUGUGAAUACGGUGGGCAAGGUGCUGAAGAAGCCGAUCACCGAUAUCUCAGAGGAGGAGUAUGAUUCGAUGUUCGCAAUCAACUCCAAGGCGGCCUUUUUCAUUCUUAAAGCAGCUGCCCGCCACAUCUCUGAUGACGGCAAGAUCAUCACUAUCGUGACUGCUCUGCUGGGUGCUUUCACAGGAUUUUAUACCUCCUAUGCCGGGUCGAAGGCGCCCGUGGAGCACUUUACCCGAGGCGUUUGCAAGGAAUUGCAAGCACGGCGUGUGAGUGUGAACAAUGUAGCUCCAGGCCCGAUGGACACGCCAUUCUUUUAUCCCCAAGAAUCGCCUGAAGCGGUCGAGUUCCACAAGAGCAAUGGCAUGGGAAACCGCUUGACCAUGGUCCAGGAUAUUGCACCAGUGAUUCGAUUCCUGUGUACUGACGGGGCGUGGAUCACUGGCCAGACCAUCUUUGCGAAUGGCGGGUACACGACUCGUUGA